AUGAGUUCACCUUUGUCUCUGCUGAAGAAGACGAGACGCGCCGCCCUGCCGACCUCUGACAAACACAAACACCGCAGCAGUGAAGGUCUGACGAUCAGGAGGGAGCCGGCAGACCCCGAGUUUCUUGUCCUUGAUGUCUCCAGCUCAAAGUCCGACCCUGCAGGAAUCAAAGGCACCCCACCAAGCGACUUGGAGCUGAUGUCUGCCGCGAUACAGCGAGUCAACCAGCUGGAAGCAAGAGUGAGGAGCCAAGCGCAGGAGAUCAAGCGGAAGGAUAAACACAUUUCUGCCUUGGAGGAUAAACUGCGGCAUGUGAAAGAAUCAGCGCGUGCACGUGAUCAGACUGAUGGAGAUGAUUUUGUUCUGAGGUAUCAACAACUCCAGAAACAAGUACAGGAAAUGGAGGCAAGUUUAUUUGAUGAUUUGUAUUCAUCAGCUCGAGUCUUUUCAAUCUGGAUCACUGCAGCGUUGCUGUUGUGUAUGUUGCAGCGCUUUCUCAGCGACUAUGGUUUGAUGUGGGUGGGAGACACGGACACACGUGAUGCAUCAGACAGCUUGAAAGGAAGCCUUACCGAGCCUGGCACCACUCUGGAGGACUUCCACAUGAACUUUGACCUUGUGCUGAAGAGGAUCAGGGAGCUGAACGCCCUUGUCGGGGAGGGGGAGUCUUUCAUACAAGCAACAGCCACAGGAGCUCGGUUGGCGCAGAAGGAUCCAAUUCGACUGAGGCUUUACAGUAACGGCAUUGUCAUGUUUGACGGGCCCUUCCGUUCGUAUCAGGAGCACAGCACUCAGCAGUGCAUGCAAGAUCUGAUGGACGGGUAUUUUCCAUCUGAGCUGCAGGACAGGUUUCCAGAUGGCGUACCUUUUCAAGUUGACGACAGACGAGAAGAGGAGUAUAUCGCCGCACAGCCAUGGGCUAAAUUUCCCGGUAAAGGACAGGCACCUUGUGGUGGAAUCCUAAAAGCCAUUACCUCUGAAAAUCCUGGCAAAACACUGAGCAUGGAUCAGUUCCAAAAUAGGUUGCCAAAGGUGGUAGUGAAGUCCGGCCAAGUGAUUGACAUGAGGGACUCGGUGAAGGCUGAUCUGCAGGGUUCAUCUGUUGACCAGAAAAGUAAAUCAUCAGUCCUCAUCAACACACCCACACUGCAGGCAGUAAACCAAAGGCUGCCGUCGACCAACGGCGUGGUCACGAUGAAGGUAAAAUCAGAGGAUGGCCAUCACACUUACCUACUGAAAAUGUGCUUCUCAGAAACAAUUGGUCACCUUCGACAGUAUCUGGACAACCACAGAGGGGUCAGUGCCUCUGAUUAUGACAUCAUCAGCAUGUACCCGCAGCGGCGCUACGUUGAUGACAGCCAAACACUCCUUUCUUGUGGUCUAACAACUAAUGCAUAUCUGUUACUGAAGACGAGACAACACACCAAGUCAACUACUGCUCAAUAAGUGAAUAAAAUAACCCCUUCAUCA